GCACUUCAAAUCCAAUAUCCUCACAAGUACUUCUAUAACUUUUCUAGUAUAUAUCUGCUGUAUACCUACAAUUAGGGUUUGGGAUAUGGCUUCCAAAAGCUCUGCCUCUCUUGCUCUCUUUUUCUCCCUCAAUCUUCUCUUCUUUGCACUUGUCACUGCAUGUGGCACAUGCCCUAGUCCGAAUCCAAAACCAAAGCCGAGGCCAAAGCCCAGCCCCACCCCUUCCCAGGCCUCCUGCCCUAGGGAUGCCCUCAAACUAGGAGUAUGUGCUGAUCUGCUUAGUGGUUUGCUUAACGUUACCAUCGGCACCCCUCCUGUAACUCCCUGCUGCACUCUCAUACAGGGCCUUGCUGACCUUGAGGCAGCUGUCUGUCUUUGCACUGCCAUCAAAGCUAAUAUACUGGGCAUCAACCUCAACAUCCCACUUUCCCUCAGUUUGCUUCUCAAUGUUUGUUCAAAGAACGUUCCAUCUGGAUUCAAGUGUGCCUAGAAGUGAAAAUUUGAUCAUUUCCUGUCGUAGUAUGGCUUUCCCUGGCUUUCAACUAUAAUAAUAUUUUGUAAUAUUUCAUCAUGUGUGUCGUAAGUAGGAAAUAUUGCUCGGUUUCCUUGCUAUAGCGGUUUUCGGAUUUGACGAGUGAUUAUGAAUAAGUUUUCAUAUUGAUGUUUGCUUGUGUAAUUCUAUGGGAAAUAGAAAAAUAUUUAUCUUUCUUUCGUA